AUGGUUUUCAGACCUGAAGAGCAGCUCCAGAUUGUGGAGCGAGAAGAGAUCGACGAUGAAGAAGACUUGUUCGAAGCUAUUGAUAAAUUGACAUCCCAUGGAAUUAAUGCUGGGGAUGUGAAGAAGCUUCAGGAUGCAGGUAUCUAUACCUGCAACGGAUUGAUGAUGCACACCAAAAAGAACUUGACAGGAAUCAAAGGAUUAUCUGAGGCAAAAGUUGAUAAGAUCUGUGAAGCUGCAGAGAAGAUAGUGAACUUUGGUUACAUCACAGGGAGUGAUGCUCUACUUAAAAGAAAGUCAGUAGUUCAUGUUACAACUGGAAGCCAGGCUCUUGAUGAACUCUUAGGAGGAGGGAUAGAAACUUCUGCAAUUACUGAAGCUUUCGGGGAAUUCAGAUCUGGGAAGACACAACUUGCUCAUACUCUGUGUGUUUCUACUCAGCUCCCUACUAGCAUGAAAGGAGGAAAUGGAAAGGUUGCUUAUAUAGACACAGAGGGAACUUUCCGACCUGAUCGUAUUCUGCCAAUUGCUGAAAGAUUUGGCAUGGAUGCCGGAGCUGUUCUUGACAAUAUCAUUUAUGCUCGUGCAUACACAUAUGAGCACCAAUACAACCUACUCCUUGGUCUGGCAGCAAAAAUGGCUGAAGAACCAUUCAGGCUUCUGAUUGUUGAUUCGGUAAUUGCAUUGUUUCGAGUGGAUUUCACAGGAAGAGGAGAACUUGCAGAACGCCAGCAAAAGUUGGCUCAGAUGCUCUCCAGAUUGACAAAAAUUGCUGAGGAAUUUAAUGUUGCUGUUUAUAUGACCAACCAAGUAAUUGCUGAUCCAGGAGGUGGUGUCUUCAUAUCAGAUCCAAAGAAGCCAGCAGGAGGGCAUGUACUUGCUCAUGCUGCAACAAUAAGGCUAAUGUUCAGGAAGGGAAAAGGAGAACAGCGCGUAUGCAAGGUGUUUGAUGCACCAAAUCUUCCUGAGAAUGAAGCAAUAUCCUUUCACUUUUCCUUGACAGAAAACCACGUUUUUCAGAUAACUCCAGGUGGAAUUGCGGAUGUCAAGGAUUGAAAACUAGCUGUGGCUUCCUUCUUGCUGCAACAACUGAGCUCCUGCCAAUCAAUUUCUUCUCAUAUUCUGAUUAUCU